AUGGGAUCUACCAACAUGUCAUAUCUGAACCCAAAGACUGUGACCCUGACUGGGAUCCCUGGACUAGAGCAUGUGCAGUUUUGGAUCGGAUUUCCCUUCCUUGGAGUGUGCCUGGUGGCUGUGCUGGGGAACAUCUUCUUGUUAAUCAUCAUCCCUACAGAACGCAGUCUUCACCAACCCAUGUACAUCUUCCUAGCAGUUUUGGCAGGCACUGACCUAGGUCUCUGUGUAGCCAUUGCUCCCAAGAUGUUGGCCAUCUUCUGGUUUGGCUUGUGCUCCAUGGCUUUUGAUGCUUGCCUCACUCAGCUCUUCUUUAUCCAUGCCUUGCAGGGCAUGGAAUCUGGUAUCCUGUUGGCCAUGGCCUUUGACCGCUAUGUUGCCAUCUGUGAUCCUUUGAGGCACACAUCCAUCCUCACACCUCUCUUUCUAGUUCAAAUCGUACUGAUGGUAGUAGUCCGGGCAACGGUGCUUGUUGGAAUUUUACCCAUUCUGCUUAAACGCCUGCAACUUUUCCAAUCUGUGGUCAUUGUCCAUUCCUACUGUGAGCACAUGGCUGUGGUCAAGUUGGCUGCAGAAGAUGUCCAUAUUAAUAAAUCAUAUGGGCUCUUUGUGGCCUUUGCAAUUCUAGGUUUUGACAUGAUCUUUGUCUUCAUCUCCUACAUUCUGAUAUUUCAGGUUGUUUUUCGUCUUCCCCAGAAGGAGGCACGACGCAAAGCAUUCAAUACUUGUACUGCCCAUAUUGUUGUCUUCCUGGAGUUUUAUAUCCUUGCCUUUUUUUCCUUCUUCAGCCACCGUUUUGGACAUGUAUCACCCUAUGUUCAUAUCCUCUUGUCUACUAUCUAUCUGCUUGUGCCCCCUGCCCUUAACCCCAUUGUCUAUGGUGUAAAGACCAAGGAGAUCCGCAUGCGGGUUGCUCAGAUUUGUAUUCUGAAGCCUGACACCCAGAAGUGAUCUAAGAACAGAAUGACACCGGAAAAAUGUAUAUUUACCCAUUUAUGAUGGAAUCUCCUUGUACUAUGUCUAUGUUGGUGGGACUUUCACAUUAUAAG